AUGGCCCUGGAUAAUCUCGGGGGAUCCCAAGAAAAAUUAAUAGAGAUGGACACUCUAGAGAAAUUGGUUGGAAUUGUGGACCAUGAUAGCAGACAGGGUCCAUUGACAUUCCAGGAUGUGACAGUGGACUUCUCCCAAGAGGAGUGGGAAUGCCUGGACACUGCUCAGAGGGCUUUGUACAUUGAUGUGAUGCUGGAGAAUUACAGCAACCUGGUUUCUGUGGGGAACUAUUGCAAAUAUGAUCCUGUCCAUCACCAUGUGAAGACUGAAAAGGAGUCUUGUAAGUGUAAUGAGCUUGGUAAAAUGGUUCAUGACCCCUCCACAUGUGCUUGUUAUAAAACAAGUGAAACUACUGAAAACUCCAAUAACCACAAGUGCAGUAAUCACAGGGAUAAAUUCAUUGAGUCUUCCAACCCACAUAGACAUGAAAGCAUGCGCGCUGGAGAAGAACCUUGCAAAUCUAAAGACUGUGAAAAAUUCUUAAAUUUGAGUUCCAACCUUACUCAACAUCUGAGACUCUACACUGAAAAGAAAGAGCACAGACAGAGAGAAUAUUACGAUUAUUUCAGCUCUACACACAGUCUUUUGCAACAAACAAUCCAAAUUGGUGAGAAACCACACCAGUGUGGGAUGUGUGGGAAAUGCUUCAGUAAUGCCUCAAGCCUCACUGUACAUCAGAAAAGUCAUACUGGAGAGAAAUCUUACAAAUGUAUGGAAUGUGACAAAUCCUUUACCUGGGACUCAUGUCUUAGAAGACAUCAGAGAGUUCAUACUGGAGAGAGACCUUACAGAUGUAAGGAAUGUGACAAAUCCUUUUCCCGUUGCUCAAAUCUUAGAAGGCAUCAGAGAAUUCACACUGGGGAGAAACCUUACAAAUGUAUGGAAUGUGACAAGUCCUUUAACCAAAAUUCACAACUUAAAAUACAUCAAAGAGUUCAUACUAGAGAGAGAUCUUACAUAUGUAAGGAAUGUGGCAUAUCUUUAUCUACACAUUCAAUUCUUAUAAGGCAUCAGAAACUACAUACUGGAGAGAAACCUUACAAAUGUAGGGAAUGUGACAAAUCUUUUACUAACAGUUCAAAUCUUAAACAGCACCAGAAAAUUCAUACUGGAGAGAAACCUUACAAAUGUGGAGAAUGUGACAUGUCCUUUAUCCAGAAUUCAAAUUUUAAAAGACAUCAGAGAAUACAUACAGGUGAGAGACCUUAUGGUUGUCAGAAUUGUGAUAAAUACUUUACCAGUUCUGAAGAUCUUAGAAGACAUCAGAGGGUCCACACUGGGGAGAGACCUUACAAAUGUAUGGAAUGUGAUAUGUCUUUUAUCCAGUACUCAAAUCUUAAAAGACACCAGAGGGUUCAUACCAGAGAAAGGCCUUACAGAUGUAAGGAAUGUGGCAAAUGUUUAUCUACUUGUUCAAGUCUUAGAGAACAUCAGAAACUA